AGGAGGCAAGGUGACUGACCAUCUUGACAGUGACAUUUUUGACGUUAAUAGAGUACGUUCGAAACUUGUAUGUAGUUCAGUCCACUAACAUUUCUUUAAUGAUUUUGAAGUAUUGUAAAUAAAAUGUAUACCAACAAUUAUUAAAUUUAGUGAAACUAAAAUGAUCUAAUAUUGGGGUUAAGAUUGUUUCUUUUUCUUCUUCGCAAAACCAUGUGUUUAUUCAGAGCGCUCUCAGCGAAAUAUCUGAUCGUUGCUGAGAUACAUAGUUUCAGAACGGACCCAAAUCGAACAUCUUUGCUUUCGUAAUCCGUUGUUUGUUGUGUUGUGAUGUUUUCGCCGUCUACAUAAUCAUAACUCAAUUGUUUUAAUUAGUCGUACUAAUCGUGUACAGUGUUUCUUGAGUGAGAACCAAGCCACUCUUUACGAGAUGUAGGAUUAUAAUAACUACUUAUAUUCUACUUCUCUUUUUUAGAGAACAUCAGUUUAUGUCAUCAUGAUACCAAGUUAAAAGCACUAUUAAGGUCAUACAAUGUAAAGGGCAAUAUAUACAAGUUAAGAGUCAAUUUUCCCAAGAAACCAAUAAACAGAAAGCAUGGUCACAUAGAGAAGUUAGUAAAAACUGAAGAACACUUACAUACAGAUAACAAUAAAGUGAAAAAAAGCAGAAGAAAAUGGCAGCAAAUCAUGAUCGAGUGGAUGCCCACAAUCUAUUUUUUCAGGUUUCAGACUACCAAUACACAAUCCUAGACAUGCUCAACGCCGAUUGCUGGCGCGAAAUCCUUGGCUAUGUGCCGGUUGAAGAAAUAAUCAGAUCCGAGCGCGUCAGUCGGAGAUGGCGGGACCGCAUGAUAGAAUAUAUGCAAGGUGUAAAUCUCUCCGUAGAAUAUCUAAGACCCUGCAUCAUCAACAUAUUAAGCUGGGACCGGCACCCAAACAGCAGGCACUUGACCCUGGACCGCGAAGACCAGCCAGGCAAGAGCUGGUUCGAAGCCAUGCUGACCAAGCUUGGGGGGAACAUAGUUUUUAUUGGCACAGACAGGAUUGUUGACUUUGAUAUUGCUAUUAUAACAUGGCAUUGUCCUAACCUUGAGAUUCUUUUGCUCUGCAGCAUAGAAUAUUACCUUCCCUUGGACCAGCUCAAAUGCUGCAAACGCCUGAAACGUAUAUCUUUGCAUACAUGCACGAUACCAGACGAAUACAUAUGCCAGCUCCUAUGCGUUGUCCCCAUCGAGGAGCUAGUGAUAAACAACGCAAGCUACGUAUCUGGCAUGUUCCUAUCUGAGCCGAAGAACACCAAACUGAAGACCCUGACGAUAUCCGCUUGCUAUUUGUUGAUGACGGAUUUCUUCAGAACGGCGGUGGAUUUGGAGGAAUUGACUAAGCUGGAGUUGACUCUUAAUAGCGUUGAGGUAUACAGAAAUGUCCAUUUUCUUCUACGCAACACACCAAACUUAGAAUACUUAAAAUUAGUAUCUUUCGACAAAAAAAUCAACGUAGGAAGUGAAUUCUCUGACGCUCUCAGUAACUUGAGUAAGCUAAAGCAUUUCUAUGGGAGAUAUAUUAAUAAUUCGCACGAAGGUUGGCUGGAAGACGUCGCUGUUGGGUGUAAGGAGUUGAAGACUUUGGAUGUUGGGAAUUGUGCGGGUGUCACAGCGAGCAGUGUUAUAACACUGUGUCGUUCAGCGGGGCCAAAUCUAACGGAACUUGGGGUGGCUUGGAACACUGAGCUUACAGACAGCGACCUUGCAGCCUGUUUAAAAUACUGCCCCAAUCUAGAGGUCCUAGAUGUGCAGGGCUGCGUGCAGGUGUCCGCGGCGCUGGUGGGCAGCGCGGCGCCGCGCGCGCGCCCGCUGCGCCUGCGGCUCCGGAGGACCAAAGUGCCCUACGAUAUGAGGUCAAAAUGCCCUUGGGUGGAUCUCGAUUUUGAGUACUAAUAUUGAACUGAAUCUACGAGCAAGGCCCGUGCAAGGUUGCAUGGUGAUCUACAAUACGACCGGCCGACCGGUUUAGCCUAGUGGGUAGUGACCCUGCCUACGAAGCUGAUGGUCCCGGGUUCAAAUCCUGGUAAGGGCAUUUAUUCGUGUGGUGAGCAUGGAUAUUUGUUCCUGAGUCAUGGGUGUUUUCUAUGUAUUUAAGUAUUUAUAAAUAUCUACAUAUUAUAUAUCGUUGUCUAAGUACCCUCAACACAAGCCUUAUUGAGCUUACUGUGGGACUUGGUCAAUUUGUGUAAUAAUGUCCUAUAAUAUUUAUUUAUUAUUUAUUUACAAUAGUACCAAGAUGCACCUCGUCGCCAAAAGUUCGUCUAAACGAGAAAUAUGUGUGUUUGUAUGCAAAUUUUAUGUUAGGAACAUAGUGAAGAAAGAACGGAAAUAAAAAGGGGUUUAACAGUACCUGUCAGUGAGAUAAAAUUACUCGAGUUUUCCUCAUUGAGUGGGCCCGCUAUAUCUUCUCUGGUCUUCUAUCUCACUAAUAAAUGUCAGUCAGUGUCCACUCACAACAAAAUAAAAUGAAGGCCUGAAGUCGUAAGGGAUUGAUAUAUUAACUUAAAAAAAAAUUAAGUGCAGGCACGCUGUAUCGGCUAUGAUUGGUUCUUACCAAGGAGUAUUCUUUCAAUAUGCAAUAUGAGUAAAUGACGCUUUGAAUGUUGGAUAUCCGGUAGAAUGAAGGAACGCAAAUUUGUACAUUACAUUCGUUAACCCUUUGGCCGCGAAAGACGCCAACUGACACGCGCGGUUACAGCCCAAUAGUCUGUGCGGAAAAAGAAGAAUCGUGGACUAUGUGGCAUUCCAUGCUGUUGCGAAUGCAACUUAUUAUUAUAUAAAAAUAUUCCCAAUGCAGUAACUGAACGCAGCCGUCGGGCUCGGCUAGUAUUCGGAGGCUUUUCCAAAGCACCAAUAGGAGCGCUCCACAUAUUCUGUAUCGCUGCCAAUAGCGUUGUUUUCAAUUUUUUGAAACGCUUGUAUUACGUUCUAUAUUAACUAAAAGUUGCCCUAAAAUUCAACUUUUAUACUAAAAACGGCUUUAAAUAUGUUAAAUUAACAAAAUAUAUUUUGACAUAUGAUUUCGCGCCCAAAACGCUCUUUGAAAAUUAUGUGACGUCACAGUUAGUUUAUUUUUGACACAUAACUACAUACACACGUAGAAGAUACGAACUGUCAACUGACAUUUGUCAUUUGUUGUUUAUCACCUAACUGUCAACAGUGUCAAUCCGAGAGUUGUGACGUCAUCAGAAUCUUCAAAGACGUUUCGAGUUUGGUCACGUGACGUGUGCCAAAAGAUAUUUUAAAUUCAAUAUUUACAAAAAUAUGGUCAUUACAGGUCCCCUAAAAGUAGUUUAACAUGUUCUUAUAAUCCAAAAGAAUUUAUUGGGAUACAAUUCUGCUCUAAGAUUUUUUUAUUUAUUUAUUUAUUUAGAAAAACAAACAGCCUUUUACAAAUAUAUCUAAAGUAAAUGAACUAAAAAUAGGCCUAAAGUUUCCUACAUUACUGAGAAAACUAUUACAUAGAAAUGUAAGUUACGCAAUUUGUAGAUGGAAACAACCCUAUUAGAAGCACCUGAAUUUAAACCACCUUUUGUACUGAUCAAAUAUUUCAAAUCACUUUUUCAUCAUCCUCCAUACUCUAACCACAUCUACAUUUAACCGUUUUGACAAGAACCCUUAUCAACCAGUGUCUUUUGGAAGAUUAUACCUAACACUUCAUUACAAAUCGAAUCUUUUUAUUCGAGUCGUCGUGAUCCUGACCUGACCAGCGGUGGAAGCAUGGUUCCAUUUUUAUCACUUGUCACUAUGCCCGUCACUUUCGCACUUACUUGUUAGAACGUGACAGGCAUGGUGAUAAAUGAUAAAGAGCCGACCAUCUUAGCCCUACUGCACGGUGGAUACUUACACAUGCCUAAAGCGUCCUUAUGUGCCAUAUGCUUAAGAACUCUUUAUCUGAUGGAAAGCCACAUAUGGGAACCAAUACAUACGCCUUCUCUUUCCGCACAGACUCAAACUUCGUGCAUUUCGAGGACUUCUAUUUCUAUGAAAAUCGCCUUUCAUAGAAAUAGAAAAUCAUUUUUUAAAGAGUUAGUUUUUUUAUAGGUUUAUUUUAGGUUUCAAAGGGUUCUCAAAACAUCGAUUGUAAUGGCGUAUGAAGUAACUAAAAGCACUUUUUUCCGUAAUAUUUAAAAAUGUUAAAUUAGAUAUAUGUUUAACAAUUGAUUUUCUACUUUAACACAAAUAGAGAAAGUCAAUAUUUAAACACCGCCGCCUAAUAUAACUAUUAUUGAAAUAUAGAUUAAACUUAACCUUAUAACCUUUGGAGAUAUUAGCUGUGCUCUAACCUAACACUUCAAAAAUCUAAGAUUCUAGUAAAAGCAUUGUGUUAUAUUUUAAUGGACACGUUAGUUUACAAUACUGUGUCCCUUGUGUAUGUAUAGUAUUAAUUUAAGCCUGAAAAGAUCAAAUUAUGUCAAAUAUGACGCAAUUUAUUGUAUUGAUAACAUAAUAAUGUUCUGAAAUAAAUGUUAAAAUACGA